AUGAUAUCCAGAUAUUCACAGACCAAGCAGUCCGUCGACGGCUCCCGCUCUUUCUCGUACUUCAUGUCCGGUACCCUCGGUCUCAUCGCCGCCGCCGGUGCCCAGGCUACCGUCUCCGACUUCCUUGCCAACAUGUCCGCCUCCGCUGAUGUCCUCGCCUUGGCCAAGGUCGAGCUCGACCUCGCCAAGAUCCCCGAAGGAAAGAACGUCAUCAUCAAGUGGCGUGGAAAGCCCGUCUUCAUCCGUCAUCGUACCGCUGAUGAGAUCGAGGAGGCCAACAACAUUGAUGUCUCUUCGUUGAGAGAUCCCCAGAAGGAUGAGGAGCGUGUUAAGAAGCCGGAGUGGUUGGUCAUGUUGGGUGUCUGCACGCAUUUGGGAUGUGUCCCCAUUGGUGAGGCCGGUGAGUACGGAGGCUGGUUCUGCCCAUGCCACGGUUCUCACUACGAUAUCUCUGGCCGUAUCCGCAAGGGUCCUGCUCCUCUCAACUUGGAGGUUCCUGAGUACGACUUCGCUGACGAGAACACCCUCGUCAUCGGAUAA